AUGGAGUUUUUCUCCACGAUUGCUAUGCACGAUCAAGCCAAGUACCUGACAGCUCAGCUCAAAGGUAAAGAAUACAAGAUCACAGGUAAGGUACUAUGCGACAUUUAUAAGUUCACGACUAAAGAACCACGCGCAAGUCCGAUGGGAUUCAAGGUCGACCCGCAUUGGGUGCUUUUAUCUCCGUGUGAGCAAUUUAAGAAGAUGGUGGCAUCUUCCGGUUUGAUCUCGGACGUGGUUCACAAGUACCUUUGUCACAUGAUCUUCGGGAAACAGGAAUCGAACAAAGUGAGUGAGCAGCAGAUGCUCAGUCGUUAUCACAAGGAAAACCGAGUUCAGGCUAACGAACCGAGCAUCUUUGCCGAGUGGAUAAGUGUGAAGGAACUCCACCAUGCUCAGUUCAUCAAGACGGCUUCAGCCACCGGGUCGUCCCAAACGACAGCGGGUACGUCGGGUGCUCCCGUUCAGACAACACCUCAUGGCAUCGGCGAGGACGACGCAGAUGCCAAAGACCGACCUGAUCGCGAGGCCUCUCAGAACUUACCUUCGAAGUCGAGGCAAACCGAUGCUUACUCCGAGCAGGCUCCAGUCUGA